AUGGAGACCGUGAGCAGUAGUAGCACCGUCACCCUCGUCGAGAUCAAGCACUCGCUCAUCCCCAAGAAGUGGGGGGAGUCUGUCCGUAUCGUCGACAUGUCCGAGUGUCAGCAGGUAGCCAUCUCGCUGGCCCAUGCCUUCGCCGCGGACGACCUCGCGUGCUAUCUCCUGAACUCGGACGACAUGGCCGGUCUCUCCCCGGAGGAGAAGUGGAAGCUGCACGUGGACAUCUUCCAGUACAUCGUCGCGGCUCAUUGUCUCAACGGCGAGACUCACGUCAUUGGGCCCGACCAUGAGGGCGUUGCUUUGUGGAUGCCGCCUGGCAAGAACAUCGACGAUUGGUACACGGUUCUCCGAAGUGGCAUGUGGAGGCUGUACUUCCAGCUCUCAACGGAGGGAAGGCAGCGCUACUAUAACGAGCUGCUUCCGCUUCUCCACGACACCAAGGUCGAGGUUCUGGGCGAGCGCGACGAGAAUGCCUACUACCUCGUCUACCUGGGCACCAAACCUCAUGCACGAGGCCGAGGCUACGCCGGCAAGCUCUUGAAGACCAUGAUCGCCAGGGCGGAUGCUGAGAAUAGGCCUGUGUACCUUGAGUCGAGCUCCCUGGCCAACAACGCCUACUACGCCAAGUUUGGGUUUGUUGUGAAAAAGGAGAUAUUCCUCAAGCGAGGGGCCGUUCCGGUCCAGCUGACCAUCAUGGUGCGAGAGCCCCAGCCCGUCGCCAAGGUUGCUAACGUCCCCGUCGUCAAGAGGCAGGUUAGAACAGCAGCACCGGGUGGCCGUGUCCUGGACUCUUAA